AGCGCCUAUACUGCUCCCUCUACCUCGCAGCCCUCCACACACCAAGGACGCAAAUUCUGAAUCUGGACAUCCGCCCGCCCUGCCUGCGCGAAAUUCCUGCAUCUGCUCAGUCGCGUUCAUCACAAGCGAUCAACCGCGUACAGCACCAGCCAUCAACCGCAUUCACCACCUUCGAUCAAACGCGUUCAUCACCGUCGCUCAAUCAAUCGCAUUCAUCACUUUUGAUCGAACGCGUUCACUAACUUCGAUCAAUCGCCUUCGUUACCUUCGAUCAAUCGCGUUCAUCGCCUUCGAUCAACCGCCUUCGUUACCUUCGAUCAACCGCCUUCAUCACCUUCGAUCAACCGCGUUCAUCACCUUCGAUCAACCGCGUUCAUCACCUUCGAUCAACCGCGUUCAUCACCUUCGAUCAACCGCACUCACCAACUUCGGUCAACCGCGUUCAUCACCUUCGAUCAACCGCACUCACCAACUUCGGUCAACCGCGUUCAUCACCUUCGAUCAACCGCACUCACCAACUUCGGUCAACCGCGUUCAUCACCUUCGAUCAACCGUACUCACCAACCUCGGUCAACCGCGUUCAUCACCUUUGAUCAACCGCGUUCAUCACCAGCGAUCAACCGCACUCACCAACUUCGAUCAACCACACUCACCAACUUCGAUCAACCGCGUUCAUCACCUUCAAUCAACCGCAUUCACCGACUUCGAUCAACCGCGUUCAUCACCAGCGAUCAACCGCGUUCAUCACAGCAACUCUGACAGCGGGAUGGGCGACAACGGACGACUGCGUUGCCAGCUGUUGCUGCUACUGCUUGUGGCUGCGUCGGCACAACAGCCUACGCCAUCGCAGGAUCGCGGGUACGCCUUCGAGUACGGCGUGCGCGACGAAGGCUCCGGCACAGCGUACGCACACACUGAGUUUCGUGACGGUCAUGUCACGACGGGGCAGUAUACCGUGCACCUGCCUGAUGGCCGCAUACAGACAGUCAAGUACACGGCAGACCAAAACGGCUACCGUGCUACGGUCUCCUACGAUGGACUAGCGCACCAUCCCGAUAAAAUUAUCAACGAACCGUCUAGAACUGUGAAUUUUCCUCCAAUACUUGCCGGCAGACCAAUUCCAGUGGUCGGAGCCGCGGUUCUGAACCGACCUUCGACCAUCCCCUCACAUGCCACCCGCCACAAUUUUGAACAGAGUCGAGAAGUUCUUGGAUCGGCUGGACGUGAUUCUGUUGCUGCCGUACAGGCGCCAGUAACUGUUCAUAAACCGCCAACAUCAAUCGAAACAAUUCCAAUAGUCCCUCAAACUAAUUAUGCUGACUACGACGAUAGUGUUCCAAUUUCCGAUGACAAUUAUCAAGAAACAGCACAUCGGCAUCUCCAGCCACUACCCCAGUUACCUGGAAGUUACGCAAAUACCUCUUCUACGUUUAGAGGAGAUGGCGGUGUGACCAGUGCGCAGAGCCAGCAGUUUACGGGUGCAACAUCAUUUGAACGUCAUGCUCAUCCUGCAAGUCAAGAGAAUAGAUUUUCACAUUCAAUCUCAGAAUCUGGAAGGUAUCAUCCUUUGACUGCAGCUUCUCAUCAGCAUCAGGAUCUAUUUCGGCCAUCAGGAAGGUUUCCGAGUAUUUCUCUACCCUCAGGAAGACAUCCAAGCGUUCAGCUCUCAAGGAAAAGAAUUCCUGUUGUCCCGUUCACUGCAGACGGCAUUCCUGUCGUCCCUCCAACUGCAGAAAGUGCUCCGCUUGUACCUCCACAAGCAUCAGGUGUUCCUGUUGUACCAACUGUGCCAUUCCCUCCUUCAGACUAUCAGCAGACGCUUCCUCUUUAUUCCAUCCCAUUCCAAUCUCAUAGUGGCUCAGUCGAAAAUUCCGUAUCACCACCCUUCACACCUCAUUCUCGUUACCAGUAUCCAUUAUCGUACCACAGCUUUCCAGAGAAACAACCACGACCUCUUAAUUUUGUCGACCAAGGCAGUUUCAGCAAACCUCAUGAGCUGCCGUCGCAAGGAGAACAAAAUUUCAACAGAGUUCAGCAGCCUUUCGGUGUUAACAGUCACGAUUCAUUUGCAACGACGAAAUAUAAAAAUUUCAACGAUUUUUACAAAUUACCGUCAUCCAGCUUAGUGAAGCAGCCGAGGAAAUUCCCUCCCAACACAUAUAUUCCAUCAGCUCUUGAUCCGCUAAGUCCUCAACAUGGCUUCGGUUCGUCUCAACCAACAGCUUCUCCUUACGGUUUUCCUGGUUUCCAGUAUGGUACACCAAAUGGAGGCCAUCUCUUAACGAACAUCGAGGGAGACAGUCGACCCUUUGUUUCGAACAACAUAUUAACGAACUCUUUUGAUAAAUUCCCAAAUCAAUUUGGACAAAUCACCAACCUUAAUGAUUUUCCAAAUUUAUUCUCAAAUCAUCAAUCUCAGCAAAUUCCAGGUGAUAGUAAUCCAUUUUCUGGACCUAUCACUGCUGGGUUGCCUCAUAGGCAGAACUCUACCUAUAGCGUAGAAGGACGCCCAACUCCACAGCCAUUCAUUGUCUCGAAUUAUGUGACAAAUUCACCUUUUCUUGCCCAACAACAUUUGCCGGACCAAAGAUGGCCUGUAAGUGGCAACCAAUUUAACCAGAAUCUCAUUUUCAAACCAAUAAACGAAAUUAACUUGAAGCAUUUCAAGAAGCCUUUCAUCAUCGAUCCUGACGCGUCAGUGUUCCACAAUGAGCCAUCGGUAAUAGUGGAUUAUAGUCGCCGAGCAUCAUCUUACGGAGGUGGUUCCAACACUGUUGGCCUGGCAGCCCCUUACGUGGUUGUAGGUGGUACUUACUCUCCAAAUCCCGCUUCAAAGUUUUCAUCUGGAUUCGGUCAUGUCAUAAAUCCCAACAGCUUUGCAGCACAUGGUAUUGCUCCACCUGAUGCGGCCGAUGCAGGAAAUGUUAGACUUUCUCCUGGCUUCCUACCUCCUCAUCUCGCUAAACUUCAUGGUAAUGCGGAAGAAAUACGGACAUCACCGACUCCAGAACCCGUACAGCUGAAGCUGUCGCCGAGAAGAAACCUCGAUAUUGACGGGAUUGACAGGAAAAAUUUACCCCUUCGUGACCUACCUCACACAUUUGGAGAAGGUUCCCCUCACAAUUUUUUUCCUAAUUCACUAGGGAAGUCGCUUAGUUCUGGCGAACAAAUUGAGACUGCUUCCAAAGAUGACCUAAAUUCUCCUAGUUUAAAUAACGAUAACGACGAAACGAAAUUCGAAGAUUUUGCUGCUGGCAAAGAUAAAAGAAAAAAAUCGCGAAAUGAAUCGAAACCAAAGGAUUUGCAGGUAUCAAUCGAGAGCUCAAGUAAGAUUGAAUCGCGGCCUGUUAUAAGAAAUGGAUAGCUUGAUUAAAAUUGUAGGGUUAUAAAACUAAUUUGUAGAUGCAUGUUUUUCUAAUCUAAUUAGUCAGUUGAUAAUAUUAUUGUCUGUAAAAAGGAUCAGAUGUCAA